AAGAACCACGUCGUCUUUGUGUUGCAUCCCACCUUAUUCCCAAUGGCCACCAACGGAUCUGCUGCGAUGAACGGCAAGGAUGCUAAGGAUCGAAGCCGCUCCCCUAGAAAGGAGCUGAAGAAAGAUCCAUCAAAGCUGACGGAGGAAGAUUUGAAGGAUGGAUUCUCCGCGCAAGAGAUCUUUAGCUCUGCGAUCACCAAGAGUGGCUACACCUACGACGAUUUGAUUUGCCUUCCUGGCCACAUCAACUUUGGAGUCCAUGAUGUGAAUCUUACAACCCGCUUCUCGCGGAAGAUCACUUUGAAGACCCCCAUCGUGUCCAGCCCGAUGGAUACCGUCACAGAGUCCAACAUGGCCAUUGCAAUGGCAUUGGAAGGUGGACUCGGGGUCAUCCACACCAACCUCUCCAUCGAGGCCCAGGCCAAUGAAGUGGCGCGAGUGAAGAAGUUCAAGGCUGGCUUUAUCAUUGACCCGGUUUGCGUGCCUCCAACCAUGACUUUGGAGGAGCUUGAUCAGUUGAAGAGCAAGUUGGGUUUCACAGGUUUCCCAGUCACAGAAAAUGGCCAGAUGGGUCGUCCACUCUUGGGCCUGGUUACAAAGCGUGACACAGACUUCAUCACUGACAGGAAAACCAGGCUCAGCGCGAUCAUGACACCCCUCAGUCAAUUGGUCACUGAGAAGGAGGGCAUUGAUUUGAAGCAGGCGAACGAGACCUUGCAGAAGUCCAAGAAGGGUAAACUUCCGAUUAUCACCAACACCAACCUGCUCGUUGCACUUGUGGCUCGUACUGACAUCAAGAAGAACGUUGAGUUCCCAAAUGCAACAAAGCAUCCUGUGAACAAAGAGCUGCUGGUCGCUGCAGCCAUUGGUACCAGACCGGCGGACAGAGAGCGAGUUCGAGCCCUGGCAGCUGCUCGGGUGGAUGCAAUCAUCAUCGAUAGCAGUCAGGGAGACAGCGUCUUUCAACACGAGAUGAUCAAGUGGAUCAAGAAAGAGUUUCCUGAGAUUCAAGUGGUGGCUGGGAAUGUGGUCACGAAGCAGCAAGCCAAGCACCUUAUUGAGUGUGGAGCAGAUGCCUUGCGCGUGGGUAUGGGCAUUGGAUCCAUUUGUACCACACAGGAAGUGUGCGCAUGCGGCCGAGCACAAGCAUCUGCUGUUUACAAUGUUGCAAAGCUUGCGAAUCUCUAUGGUGUCCCGAUCCUUGCCGAUGGUGGCAUUAGCAGCCCUGGACACAUCGUCAAAGCGUUGAGCUUGGGCGCAGGUGCAGCCAUGUGUGGCAGCCUGUUGGCCGGAACCUCUGAGACUCCUGGUGAGUACUUCUACUCUGAGGAAGGAAAACGCUUGAAGCGCUACCGUGGCAUGGGCUCCAUCGAUGCCAUGAAGAAAGGCUCUGAUGAUCGAUAUUUCGGAACCACCUCGGCCAUCAAGGUGGCUCAGGGAGUCUCAGGCACGGUGCAGGACAAGGGCAGCAUCCAUCGCUACAUUCCGUACCUGACACAGGGCAUCCGUCACGGCAUGCAGGACAUUGGCGCGAAGAGCGUGUCGGAGUUGCAAGACAUGCUGCAGCAAGGGCAUCUCCGAUUUGAGCUGCGUUCGACCGCUGCACAGCGGGAAGGAGGAGUGCAUGGCCUUCACAGCUUUGAGCGAAAGCUCUUCGAUGCUUGAGUCUGCCAAGGAAGGAUGGUGCAAGAGUCACAACAUCUUUCCAUGUGCACGAGAUUUGGUAGGGAAGCUCUUCUUGAUUUGAGGUCGCUGGCGACCAGGAAUUUUGGAGUUCGUUGCUUGCCCAAUUCACACCUUUUUUGGUUUUAUUAAUGCUCCAAAAAUGACACCUUACGCUGUCCUUUGUUGCAUUGAGCAAGCUAUGCUUGUGGCUCCCUGUGCCAAUUGAAGGCACAGAAAGGGCGCCUUCAUGUGGUUGGCAUGAGCAUUUUUGCCAUUCC